AUGCUCGCACGAGACCGCGUCCACACGGUAGGCAAGGGGUCCUUCCUCCAGUUUUGCGCCGAGCGGCUCUCUGCCGGCACAGCGACCGACUUCUUCUCCGACGAGGCCUCGCCCUCUUCCGACGCGCAGGUCCGGUCGGUCGUGUGGGUGGGAGAUAUCGUGUCGAUCCUCGCCUCGCUCGCCCGCGACGGCGUCAGCCCGCAGUCGGCGGGCGUGUACAACAUGGGCGGGCCAGAGAGAGUGACGCGCGUGGAGGUGGCGGAGGCAGUCGCAGCGCAGGGCGGCUACGACGCGCCACAACUCAUCCGCCCCGUGGCGCGCUCGUCGCUGCCGCCCGCCGCGCGCGCGGUCGCCUCGCCUCCGGACAUCUCUAUGGACUCGACGAAGCUGCGCAGCCUCACUGGCCAUCCGGCGACGAGGCUUGCGGAGAUGGUCGCUGGUGCGGCGGCCGCCGCUGGCGCCUCGCCGUUCUAG